AGAUCAUUGGACUGAACGAACAUGAUGACUGAAGCUCUUCUCACUUUAGCUGCACUACAGACAUGGAUGAAUUGCAAUGUACAAAACACACCUUCCCAUCUGUAGAUUUGUACAGUUGUUGUCGUCUGGCUGUUAGCGUCUAACUUUUCUGAUCUUCUUCUGAAAAGAAAAUAGAGCCUAGAAAAAAAACGGUACUCUCAGACUGAAUGAAGAUGAAGAUUGAAGCUCUUCUGCUCAUUUUAGCUGCUCUACAGGAUCACUCAGCGGCUGCUCCUGUAAGAACAAUAUAUCCACUGGAUAUGGCUCUGAAUUCAGUUGAUGAUCAGUAUAAGGGAUGUACAGAGACAAUGACGAACAAGACAGAGAACUACUAUCUACCGAAGGAAAGAUCUGCCUCGGCUGAGUUCAAUAAAACUUGGCAGGAUGGAGAAGCGAAUGCAAAGAAACCUGAGGAUAACCUGACAAUGAAUCAUUCGGUUGCUCUUUAUGUUUAUACUAACAAAGAUUCAAGUGUGUACAGUGAUUUCACUAAAGCCACUCGCACUGAGAAACAGGCUUACAUAAACGGUACUUUUAAAUGGUAUUCACUUCACUUUCUGCUAACAGAAGCCGUUCAGAUUCUGAAGAAAACACAGCCUAGAUGCUUUCUGACGUAUCGUGGGACAAAUCUUCAGUUUGAGGCUCAGGGCAAAGUAGUUCGCUUGAGCUCUUUUUCAUCCUCGUCUCUUAAUCGAACAGUAAUUCAGGCUUUCGGAAAUGUGUCUUGUUUUGAGAUCUACACUUGUGAAGGUGCGAAUCUGACGAAAUACUCAAAGUAUCCUGAGGAGAAAGAGGUGCUGAUUCCUCCGUACGAGACGUUUAAUGUCGCUGCUGUGAAAAACAGAACAAAUGAGAAAGAUCUGUGGUGUGAAACUGUGUUCGUGCUGAACAGCACCGGGACAAGAAGUGACCUGAACUGUGCUUUGAUGAACUCUGGACGCCAUGCUUCUUUUAGUAACGUUUUACUAAUUAUGUCCAUAUUAUUUUUAUAUUUUAACUUGUGAAUUGUGGGCAGCACGAUUGCCUCACAGCAAGAAGGGCACUGGUUUGAGCCUCAGCUGGGUCAGUAGUCAUUUCUAUGCGGAGUUUGCAUGUUCUCCCCGUGUUCCUCCGGGUGCUCUGGUUUCCCCCACAUGUCCAAAGACAUGUGGUAUUGGGGAAUUGGGUACGCUAAAUUGUCUGUAGUGUAUGUGUGUGUAUGAGUAUGUAUAGAUGUUUCCCAGUGAUGGGUUGCGGCUGGAUGGGCAUCUGCUGCGUAAAACUUAUGCUGGAUAAGUUGGCGGUUCAUUCCGCUGUGGCGACCUCAGAUUAAUAAGGGACUAAACCGAAAUUUUUUUAGAAAUGAA